CUCGGGAAAACGGUUCUGCAUUCUCGCAACUUUCAGCGCAACAACCAUGGCGACGCUCGUGCGGAAGAAGGCCAAGCCAAAGCAGCGGCCGCUGCAAGAACUUCCGGAGCAUCCGCUGGUCGCAAGCGGUGCACCUUACCGUGGCAAUGGAGGAACGUCCUCCGGCACGCAGGACGGAAGCAUGGCACAACAGACAAGUCCCGUCAAGAUUCACGUUUCGUCGGACGACUUGCUUCUAAUGGAAGACUUCAACGACAGCGGGCCGAGUCCUGUGACUCCAAGCGCGCCAGACAUCGAUAUCCUGAGAGAUAGCAAACGAAACGAGCAACUUGACCACUGGGAAGCCAUCAUGAUGGGGAGUCCGAUGACCCCAUCGAUGACGGUUCUCCCGUCGCAGAUGCGACAUCUUGACGGGUUCUCCUUGACGGGAGAGAAUCCACCGCCAUCGUCGACCGAAAGAACCCACGCAACCACUGCCCCCGUAACGACCUUGCUCAAUGGUGAGUCGCCCGACUCGUCGCCCGUUCUAGCGACGCAGACUGCUCGCCCGGUCGAGAAAAAGUACACGCUGCCUCCCGCGUCCGUGACAAUGUCUUCGGUUGCCGACCUCCUCGUACCUUCCAAGGCAUCUCGAAUGCACCUCACAGCUCCAGUCUAUCCCGUCCUCGCCCAGCUCAAGCCAAUCGUGCUCCCUCAGUCGAAUCGCAUAACCCAAGCUCCCCCAAUCCCGGCGCAAUACAUCGAAGCACCUCUCGUGCCCCUGCAAGAGCUUCCGCGCGUUCCGUUGCAGCGCUUCGAGCACUACGACGACCACGUCCAUCUCCGCGACGACUCGCUGCGGCACUUCGAAGAGCGCCUUCGUACGAUCGAGACGACGCCCGACGACUUUUACCGCCUCGUCGAGGCCUACCUCCAUUUCGAGCAUGCACUGCGGCAGGCCCAUGUUCAGCUCGUCCAGCGCGUUGCCGACGUCGACGAGCGCCGCGCGAACGUGUGGACAAUUGACUUUGACACGGCAUCGACGACUGCCCUCUGCGGAGAUUUGAAAAGUAUUGAAGAAUCUGUGGAGUACCAGACUGCCAGCAUGAACCACGACCUGCAAGUGGCCCUGGCAACCCAGUUGACGCACCUGCGACAACAGCGCACCGCCGAGGCCGCGCUCCAUCUAUAUGACCGAGCGCUGAGCUACCUCCGCAUUGAACAGGCAGUGGAUCAAGUGAUCGAUGGCGGCGAUGUCGCUGCCAUUCAAGCACUCAUGGACACCCUCUUCUUCUUUGAAAAGAACUUGACGCAGCCGCGGUUCGUUGGGACCGUGCCAACUUCGGUCCGUCGCGGACAGCUCGUCAUGGACAAGAAUCACUCCAAGUCGCUCUUGUGCCACGCGUGCGGCAACUUGACGGCGCUGGAAGGAAGCGCGCGAGUCGUUGCGUGCGCGCGAUGUGACGCGCUGUGCUUUGUGCCCCAGACCACGAUCGCGCUCUCGUCCAAAGAGUUUCAAGGCGCGAUCGCCCAAGUCCGACGAAGUGUGCAGCACUGGCUCACGCGAUCGAUGGCAAAAUUGCACUCAAACUCGGCGAGUCGAUCGAAAGAAGUGGUGCCGUGGCUAUUGACGCAUCUGCUGCACAUGCCAGGUCUGGCAGUCGAGCGGCAGUGGGCCGUGAGCUUUCUCCAAUUCCCCGAUCGAGACACGUGGGACGAAGUCACCCUCGACCACUUUCUCGCGAUGACGCAUUUACUCUUCCACCCGUCUGUCCUGCCCAUGCAAUACGCUGACAACUCUACCGAGAACGCCGACACCCCCCCAGACGAGUGGCUGCUGAUAGAGCCCCCGUCCCAAGGAGAGCUCUCCGUAUUGGACGCCGACUACGUCCUUCUGUGGCGACAAUUCCCCCUCGAGACCGCCCUCGCUCACUGCACGGGGCUUCCCCACCACGCCGCGUACAGCCGUCUGCUGUAUCUGGUCAACGAAUGCACGGUCGUGUUUGAAAAGUUUGCAGAUUACGAUGGCCUGGUGACUGCCGUGUCGGAAAGUCUCGGAGCGAUCCUGCAAACGGCCGCCGUGGCGUCCCGUGGGUCGCUCUUUGAUCAACUGUUCCAGAUCGGAUUGUUUGGUGUAGUUAUGGCCCGCAGCCACAAAGUGUACAGCAGCCUGCCUUCGUGGUGCUAUUACGCCCUCAGUCCCGGCGGCAAGUGGGAUGCGCUCUCGGCUUUCUUCUUCCAGCCGUAUCUUCCCCCGACGCUCAAGACGUACGUUCAGUUUCAGUGCUUCUUGGCGGAAAACCCGACGCUCCGUACGCGGCUGUACCAUGAAGUGUCUCGAAAUGAUGCGCUGCUUCAGGCGGUGGGGGUCCUUGCUAGCCACACGGAAUGGAGCGAGCUCGUCCAGACGAUCGUUCACGAAAUCUUUCUCUGCUUCAUGGCGACGCACGAAGCGCUGUUUGAAGCCCACGUUCGUGUGCUCACGGUGGUUUGCACAGCUCACCCGACGGCCAUGUCCCAGCUCCUCGCACUCGUUGGGCAACACGAUGCCGCGAUCGCUCUCUUCCCUCGACUGCCCAUCCAGUUGUGGCACCCCAGUGCGGCUGAUCUCAAUGUGUUCCAGGCGUGGCUCAUGCUGGACAACUUGUCCGACAAGAAGAGCGCCCUCGUCCGCACGAUUCUGGAAAACUUGAACUGGGACUACCAUUCAGGGGAGGCUGUCCUGGCGCUGCACCCCACAGUCCACCGCCAAGUUGCGCUGAUGCUGGUCGAUGCCACGAUGCAUCACGCAAGCCAAGCCACGUGGGGCAGUCGACUCGUCGCCGUCGACUUUUCGUCGUGGAGCUGGACCGUCAUGCUCAAGCUGCACUUCUAUUCCACUGCGACGUACCAGCCGUAUUUGAAACUCAUCCAUCUCGAAUCGGACUUGACCAAAGAUGCCAUGAUCUUACGGCGGUACACGACAAGCCUCCCCAAGUCCCACAUCGUGCUCGGGAAGGCAGAGUACACCCUGGACCUCAAGAGUUGCAUUGCAUUUGUGGACGCAUCCACGUCAGCCACAGCGCUUUCGACGGGAGUUCACUUGCACGACCCUGAAGGCGACGACACCAGUGCCGACGAUCCUGUUGUGCCUCUACACCAAAUGGAGCCCAUUGUGCUCUAUGCAGUGUGCCAACUGACCGAUCACUUGUACUCGACGUGCAUUGACAAGUUUGCGCCGCUUCUGUCGCUGCUUCUCGACCACAAACGACCUGUCGCAGUCCUCCAAGUGCUUGAAAAUAUCCUCCCGACCUUGUCACAAGCUGUCUUGACGCAGGACGACGUCCACAAGUUUAUCAAGAAUUACAUGGAGCACAACCUUGACUGGCGCAGCGUUGUGAAGCUCCUGCACAAGAACUUGUACUUUGUUCCAGACGCCGACAAGUCGGCGCUGGUCCAGCAGUGCCUGGCCGACCGAGACGGCAGCAUGCCCCUCAACCAAGUCCUUCCCGUUGUCGUAUCAACGCUUGAGCAAAGCCUGUGCUUCCACCCGGCCGUCCUACCGGCGCUGCUCGACCAACUUCCGUCCACGUCAUGGAUGCAAUCGGCCGUGUCGACCUUUGUCGGGCUCAAAACGGCCGUGCUGAAGCAGCCACAGACGUACCUCCCCGACCUCGUCCGGCUCAUCCAGCGCCAGUACAUGCAAACGAAUCACAACAGCAACGUGCUGCUCUUUUGGCUCGUUGUGCUUCUUGGCAUCCCAAAGUGGUCCGACGCGUCCGUGUACCGCGAACUGGUUGACACGUUGAUCGAGUGCGCCAUGGUCCAUCGUCCCGACACGAUGCCCGAGAUCGAAACCCCCUUCCGCCUCUAUCUCGACCACAUGUGCACCACGUUCCCCACGAGCUCGCUCAGCUUUGUGUCGGCCACGUACUCAACUUAUACAAGCUUUGUCUUUGGGGACGCCAAGCCCAAGGAAAUGUACCUCGCGUUUCUCUCCCUCGUCAUCGAAGUCCGCAAGGAGAAGGAACUGUUCAAAGCGCUCGGCCACAUUGUCCUGAAAUCCAAGCUCAAACUCAAGAGCCUCGACACCCUGCGCGCGAAAGGCCGCCUCGCCACCGAGCUCUACGUGUUUGGCAUCGAUACAUCGCAACCGACUUUGUACGGCCAUGUGGACUUGCAAUUCCAGCAGUGGACCGGGCUCAAGCUGUUUAAAGUCGCGUCGUUUCUCGUGCUCAGCGACCAUCCCGUCGACCUCCUCUUGUGGCAACUAUUCUUUGCCCUCUACUUUGCGUCGGUCGGGUCCGAGUGCUUUGGGUAUAUGAUGCUCGAUCUCGAGCCCAAGACCCGCAAGGCGCUUCAAACCAAGUGCCGGACGCUUUCCAACGCGUAUUCGAGCAAAGUGAUGCACCAAACCAGCACCAUCAACCCUGUCGUGGGGGACCUCGCCCGCAUCUACGCUGGCAUGGACACGUGGCUCGAGAAUCCCGACGUGGCGAGCUGGCUAACCCAGUUGAACCACCUCCCGAGCCACUACAACACCGACUAUUUGAAGCAAAUCUUGGGGCUGAGCAAAGUGCUAUUGCAUACGAGCGACGCCAUCGACAUGCACACCAAGACGAUCUGGGAAGACAUUGCGCCGUUCCUGUGGCUGCACUUGUGCGACUUUUCCAAGCCCGCGGACGUGGAGCAGUCUGUCCCGUCGCCGUCGAAACCCACGGAAAAUGCAUCCACUGGCAGUGUGCCGCCCAUCGCACGGCUUCCGUUUCACGCCCCAAAGUACUUUCGAUUUUCUCCCGUCGUCAAGGAAGACAACAUUCGGUCGCUCCAGCUCAGUGUCGAGCCAUUCUGCGAUCGAGCCAUGGUGUACACGGACGUGUUGGCGCAGCUUGUGACCCUCGAGACCGAGUUCCUCGAUCACUUGAGCGGAUUGUACCAGCCAAAACACCGCGUGAUCCACACGAGCCGCCCCUGCGAUGGCAACGGUCCCAACCAGCCAUGCAAACGUCCGAGCGCGCUCCAUUUGGAGUACACGGAAUGGACGGUGGAUACGAACCGGCAGGAGCGCCUCGACCAGUUUCGCGUGCAAUGCGCCAAGUUUGACUUGUGGACGUCGUUGCCGGUCCAAGCCAUGAUGGAGCGACCGCUGUACCUCCAGCUGACAUCGCUUGACGCCCAAGUGUGCUACCAGAUCCUUCUCAUGGACCAAAUGGUGCACCAGUUGACGGCGGCGUCCGAACAGUACAAGGAGGUCGGAGUCAAGUGGUUUCACGCGCUCGUGCAGCUCGACUCGAAGCAAACGCGGCGAUUUCCGCCGUUCCAAGAAGUGCUCUGGCGCAGCAUUAAGUCGCUCGGUAUGGCAUUCAUCAAGGUUGACGCGGACGAAACGAGCGGAUUGCUGCGGUUCAUGCUACAGGACGCCGCCCGCGUCUGCUUGCUAGCCGACUGCUUUUUUCCAAACCAAACCCCCACGCGGUUUGUCGAGUACUUCGCCAACAUCAUGUACGAAACGGAGCACUUGGAGCCGACGGAUCGUCUCCAGCUCCUCGACCGCUUCGACAUUGCGCUGUGGCUCGACCACGACCCGAUCUUGUUUGACCGGGACACCCUCCUCAGCAUCAUUUUGGCCGAACUCGUCCUGAACAACCGCAACAUCGAACACGGCAUCCUUCGCAUGCACGCCAAGAUGAUCCACGUGCUGGCGACGCACUACCUCGACGACCACAUUGACAAGAUUCUUUGCGCGCUUCUUGGCAUUUACGAAGUCCACUACGCAUCCGAUCUGCACGUGAUGCGGGCGUAUUUUGAGCCGGCCGUCGCAGCGUCGACACCGCAAGCCCUGGACGUAUCGAUGUGGCAGGCGUUGCUGAAUAUCCCACCGAGUUGCUGGAGCAACUGCGCCGUUGUCCCGCAACUCGUCGAGCGCAUGGCACAGUUUGUGUUGCACGCCCGAAUCAAGGCCCAAGCCGUGUCGAGUGGGAAACCAAAGGACACGUCGGCGUUGGUCGCACAGACGAUCGACGCCAUGUACCCGAUUCUGCUCUGGCACAGCCCCAACGCGAUCCUGCGACCCAUGUGCGACCUCAUGCUGCUAUGGUUGAAGGCCCAGACGACCGCUGACUCGCUGUGGCUUGCCGCCACCAAGCUCUUCCAAGCGUUCUUGACUGUGCUGUACACCCCCGGCUCUACAGCCGACGGCACGACCAUUGUGGGUCCAUGGCCGCCCACUGAGCUCGCAGCGGACCAAAUCGUGUGCAAUGCUCUCCAAGCUGCUUUGACCAUGUACCUGGAGCAUUCGCCACCAUGCGACCGCGAACGCCUCGACAACAUUUGGCAGUUUUACCGCGGCGUGCUCCUUCCCCACGCUUCCGAUGCCGUUGCAGGAUCGUACUACGACGUGCUGAGCCGUUUGCCAUGGACGAACUGGGCCAUUACAGAAGUCACCCUGAAUGAAAUGAAGGAGUGCGUGACGAGUCAUACCCACGUCGUGCACAAAUCGAGCGUGAGCUUCAAGUACCAGCCAUCCAUUCGAGCGAACGUGCUGCUCGUCGUCCGAGACGUCCUCGAUCAAGUGCCGUGGCACCGCAUCACAGACGAGUACCUGGCGACGCAACCGCCCCAUGUUACGUCGUCGUUUUACAUCAAGUACCACGUGUUGCUGUGCCAUGUGCUGUUGCUCGAGCAAUCGCCGCAGCAACUCUCGACAACGUUCAAGCAAUGCCAGCCCCACCCUCGAUCGAUCAAGGCGGCGGAAGUUGAAGCCAUCUGCAACGGGAUGUCGGCGCUGGUCCUUCAUCCGUCCAUCCUAUGUGUCGCGCCGCGCAACGAUGCAACCCCUCGUUUCUACGCGGCGUUUCGACUCGUCCUGAGCUUGUGCGGCCUCGAACUGACUGCAGUCGCUGGGGACGAGCUCAAGAAGGCGAGCGUCGUCCUCCACUGCCUCAGUGUCUUUCUCCACCCAGCGUCACCCGAGUGGAAGCAGAACUUUUCCAUGUUCGAGUCCACCUUGCUGGGGCUCGUCCAAGCCAGCCUUCACGCGGUCUACGAUCUCCUCACCCUCCUUCAUGCCCAACUCGACACUCUCCACGCAACAUUCAAGUCUGACCAUAUCUUGGCACUGUACUGCGACAUCUUCAAGCUGUGCAACUUGCCCUUCAUCUCCCAGGCCGCAUCAACCCCCUUGGACGUGUGCAGCUGGAUGGAGCUGGAAGCCAAGGUCACCGUCGUGAUUCCACCAUCGUCCCAGGAAUGCACGAUGCUGUCGUUGGAAAAGUGCACGAUGUGGAGCGCUGCGGGGUGGCAGCUCGUGUGGCAGUUUGCAGGACUGUCCAAGAGCGUUGCGGCGAUCUGCACGUCCGUCGCGUCCGUCUCGGUGCUCACUCAGCUGACGGAACACAACCUGGAUACGUGGAAGAUGAGCACGUGGCCAGAUUUGAAGCUGCCCGAGCUCAGCCAGGACGAACUGGUGCACAUGGCAUUGAAGCAGCAGUGCUGGCUCACGCUGCUCGCAUUUGCCAAGCAACACCGCAUUGACGAGAACGGAGACGUCCAGCGCCACUUGCAGUACUCGAUGCGAAUGAACGAGUGGGUCGAAGAAAUUGCGACGGCGCCGGCGAUUGCGGAUGAAGCCAAGCUCGUGGGGGUUGUGAUCGCUCUAUUGAAGCGACUUGUGGCGAUGCCAGGGGUCGCCGUGACAUUCAAGCGGGACAUGGUAGCUCGGAUGAGCAAGGCAUGCUGGAGCAUGGGCGAUGCGCGGCAGUUGUCGAAUGGACUGGACGCAGUGCAGCGUGCCAUCGGGUUCACCUUUAUGAACUCGUUUGGAAAGUGAGUGUAUUGGGCGUGUGCGAGCAGAGAGAUGACACGAUGGAUGCAGGUUGAAGCACUCGCCGGAUUUGCAUGUUGCGAUGCUAGCACUGAGUUUAUUUAUGCGGGUGAACUCCCGAAAGAGCGCGGCGCUGCGUCUGGACUUUGGCAUGCCGCUCGAAGUGUCGAGGAAGACAUGGAAGCUGAUCAAAACGAUGGAGAGCAUGACCGAGCGAAAGGAAGUGGUGCAGUGGAGUCUCGGAUUCUGCCAAGAUCCGAAGCGGAGUCUACGUGACCUGGACGAGUAUGUUAGCGUUCUCUUCACGGAGCUGUACCCAGCGCAUGCCUGGUUACUUGAAAUGGUGAAUGCGUAAAUGGAUUCACGAGAUUACAAGUCCUUCUUGUCCUCUUCUUCCGCGGCGUCGGGUGCUUUUUCGUUCGGGUCAGUGCGUUGGGUCGUGAGGACCAAGUGCCACCCGAACUGGGUCUUGACCUUGUGGAUCUUUCCCACCGCUUCUUCGAACACAACCUUGUCGAAUUCAGGCACCAUUUGGCCCCGGCCGAAGCUGCCCAACGCACCACCACCGCGAGAUCCACUGGGGCACUUGCUGUGCGCCUUGGCCAGUUCCGCAAACAGCUUCAACUGCGCUUCCGACCCAUCCGCGGUUUUGUGCAAUUGCGCCAACAAGUCGUCGACCUCGUCUUCCGUGCUCACCAAGAUGUGGCUGGCGCUGGCCGACACGCCACCGCCGCCGCCCCACGACGACACCAUGCUAAAGAUGGCGAAAAGCACCACGGCAGCCAACGCAAUCCACUUCAUGUUCUUUUCGACUUCGCUCCACACGUCCAUGCGAUAUCGCAAAUGAGGGCAGCGUUGCAGCCGC